AUGGCCGAUAUCCUCUACGACCUCUUAUCGCCGCCAGGCUCCUCAUCCUCACCAUCACGACCCGCACCCGACACAGCCGCCCUAGAAUACCUCACCACACUAUCUUCCCAACCCCUGUCAUCACUCGAGUCCUCCGAACCCCAAACCCUCGCGCAGUCGUCGCACGGCCUGCUCCUCUCCCUGCAAAGCCUCUCCAAGAAAUCUCACAAGCAAAUCAUCGAGUCCGCCUCCCACCAUGCCACGCUACGCACCACCCUACCAGCGCUGGCAGCCAGCACGGCCGACCUGCGCCACGCCAUCCCCAAGCUAGACAGCGAAGCGGUGCGCUUCUCAACGACAUACAACAAAAGCAGCGAAAGCGAGGUACUCGCCCGCCGCAAGCAGGCGCUGCUGCUGUCGCGCAACGUCGAGCGGCUGGUGGACAUGCUGGAGCUGCCGACGCUGCUGUCGUCGACCAUCUCGACGGCGCCGGUCAAUUACUCGUCGGCGCUGGACUUGAACGGGCACAUCCGCCGGCUGCACUCGAUCUACCCCAAGUCGCCGCUUGUGGAGUCCAUCUCGACACAGGCGGACGAGACGAUGCGCACGAUGGCGGCUAAUCUUAUUCUCUCGCUCAAGGCGCCGGGGUUGAAGCUGGCUGCUUCGCUCCGGACGAUUGGGUGGCUACGGCGGGUGCUUCCGGAUCUUGAGCAGCAGCAACAAUUAUUACAACAGCAACAACAGCAAACAUCGACCGCGGCAUCGGGCACGGCGCAAACAACAGCCAACCCUGCCAAAACCCGAGAGUCUCAAGAGCGUAUUCUAGGCGCGCUAUUUCUAGUCUGCCGCCUCGCGACGCUUCUCACAACACUUGAGGCGCUCGAACCACUACGCGAGCUAGCGGACCAGGAAAAGGCACGACAGCGUGCUCUAGGCAGCGGGAACGCCUGGUCCGGCGGACAGCAGACAGAGAGGUACCUCAAACGGUACCUGGAGAUCUUUCGCGAGCAGAGCUUCGCCAUCGUGUCCAUGUUCCGCAGCAUCUUCCCGGCUGCUGCGACGGCCGUAACCACCACGGAUGGGCCUGCGACACCCACCACUACGACGACAACAAACACAAACACAAACACAAACAAAAGCGAGGCCAACGACGACCCACUGGAACCCAUGCCCUCGGCACUAGCUACAUUCCCACUGUACCUAGUUGACAUGCUCCUCGAGACGCUACGGCUGUAUCUGCCUACGGUUAGGGACCAGGCAGCACGGGACAGCUUGCUGACACAGGUGCUGUACUGCGCGGGGAGUCUGGGCCGGUUGGGAGGGGAUUUUGGGCUGUUCCUCGCGACGCUGGAUGUCGGGCCCGAGGCGGAAGAGGAGUGGGUGGAGGUCGUGAAGCGGCAUCGCGCGUUGGCGGGGAGGCUGGAGUCUAUUGUUGGGGAGCAGAGGAGGGGGAGUUGA